AUGCAAUGGGAACAAAAUAAUGUGCUUAUUGGGUCUUCAGCCUUAGAAACAAUAUGUAUGACAGUCGCUGACUAUUACAAUGACCACAAACAUCUUCGUCCUCAUAUUCGUUGUGCAUUACUCAUGGAAAUACAGUAUAAAAUAGUUGGUGAAUAUAUCAUUGGUAUUGAUAACAGAAGGUUAUCACUGGCCAAUUAUGAUGAUCGUUAUAAAGCAUCGAAAUUACUUAAACGUAAUGGAGAAAGGGUGUCGCUACUUUUUUCAAAACUCUUAGAUGAUGUUGACGUCACCUUUACUGACUUGACAGUAGUUCUUGUGGCCCUGUCAGACGUGUUAAGUCUGCGAGAUAAAAGUUUACUAUCUUUGGAAACAACUACAUUAGUUCGCAAGUUUCCCGAUAUUCAUGUGGAACUUCUCAGUGCAUUAAUACAAGCGCGCGAAGAUAUGGGGCGUGUAGAAUCUAGAUCGAUGGCGGAAGAUACGAUUGGACACAUAAAACAUCAUGCAAAAGGUGAUGCUGUAUUUGCAAAGUUAUUUCAAAGUUGUAAGACUGGAUCUAAAAGAAUUUUUAGCUUAGAAGAUACUAUGGAGCAUAUGUUUGUCAAACUAAUCUAGUU